AUGGAGGCAGCUGUUGGAGCCGAGUUGGGACCGUCGCAGACUGCAGCGAUGGGUGGUGCCAACAAGGGGUUCACCACGCUCGCAGCCGCUACGCUCCGCCGAAGCGCCUCGAGAGGAGCCGCGUUCGCAAUUGCGUUGUCGAUGAUGAGUUCGAAGCGAAAUAGAAUAGAAUUUUCGGCGCUGUUUUCUUCGAAGUUAUUCGCGAACUCUGCAGCAAUUGUGCUUGAGCCUGAAUUCUUUUCUUUCCAAGACCUACAGAUGUGCAUCAUACGGGUAGUGUUAUGUGGGUUACCAAGUAUAGGAGUGAUCGAAGCGUUUCGGCACCUAUUUUCGUCCAGUGGUCUGAACUUUCCUGCGUACUCUUAG